AUGUCCACAGUCAAAGGCCUAGGCGAAGCAAAAUCCUACGACGGCUCCCCUCUCCGCAUCGGCAUCAUCCACGCCCGCUGGAACACCAAAAUCAUCUCCUCCCUCCUCGACGCCACCCUCUCCACCCUGAAAUCCUCCGGCGUCAAACCCGAAAACAUCGUCGUCCAGUCCGUCCCCGGAUCCUACGAACUCCCGCUCGCCGCGCAGCGCAUGUUCGCCGCUUCGCAGCAUCAGAGUAGCGGGUUGCCUGGUGGGGGGUUGGUGAGCGCGGCAACGGAUUUGCUUGGGGGGAGUACGACGGAUUUGACCAAGACACCCGAAGCGCAGCAGGGACAGAAGCCAGCGGAGGUAGAAGGGGGCGGGGGGAGUACAGAGCCUUUCGACGCGAUCAUUGCUAUCGGAGCGCUGAUUAAGGGCGGCACGAUGCAUUUUGAGUACAUCUCCGACGCGGUCAGUCAUGGUUUGAUGAAGGUGCAGAUGGAGACGGGGUGUCCGGUGGUUUUUGGGCUGUUGACGCUUUUGACGGAGGAGCAGGGGCUGGAGAGGGCGGGGUUGAAGGAGGGGGGGCAUAAUCAUGGGGAGGAUUGGGGGGCGGCGGCGGUGGAGUUGGGGGUUAAGAGGAGGGGGUGGGGGGAGGGGAGGUUUGUUGAGUGA